AUGGCGGUGCUGCCCGAAGUACCCGUGACGACGGAGGAUGUGAAGAUCGAGUAUAUUCAACUAUGUGAAUCUGAUAAUCAAGCUCCAGAGGAAGUCGAGCGACCCCGCCAGAAGAUUUGGAAGUUCCGACAUCUCUUGACCGGGAAAGGAAAUGCCCUUCCGCCGGCAGCUAGAGGUGUGGUGUGCGAUAUCGAUGUCGGGGAAGCGAGACCCAUCGCCCUUAAGUGCCGUAAGUUGCGGAUCCAUUUCAGGGAGAAGCUAGCAGAUCUGAUCAAGGGUCUAUUGUCCGCCAAGAUGAUCAACUAUUUCAGAUCACCAUGGGCUUUCCCCAUACCAUGGGCUUCCCCCAUUGUGGUGAUCAUUAAGAAGAAUGGGGUGGACAUCAGGCUAUGUAUCGAUUAUCGGUUGGUUAAUAGCCUGGCACAACUGAUGGUAUACCCAAUGCCCUUGAUCAACGAUCUACUCGAAGAUCUGGAGUCGACACUUUGGUACUGUUCUUUGGGUAUGGCAAGUGGAUUUUGGGUAGUGAAAAUGACAGAUCGUGCUCGUUUGAUCUCGGCUUUUAUCACUCAUUUUGGACUAUUUGAGUGGAAUCGAAUCCCUUUUGGCCUGAAGAAUGCGCCCCAGAUCUAUCAACGUAUGAUCGAUAACGCGCUAUAUGGGUUCACUCGGAUCCCGAAGUCUGAAGAUCACGGAAGUACUGCGGAUGUAUAUGAGGGCGGGGAACCGGUGGAUCCAGGCAGUCUUUCGGUGCUUGGUCGCAGAUCAUAUAUCGAUGACAUCCUGAUCCCCGCUAAUAGUUGGGACCAACUAUGUGAUCGAGUCGAGAGGUUGCUCGAAGUAUGUGACAAAUGGAACCUGUCGAUCAGCGUGGUUAAAAGUUUCUGGGGGAUGUCCAAGGUGGAAUACCUUGGACAUAAGGCCUCGCACAAAGGACUGGAGGCGAAUCCGAAAGACCUGUCUGCAUUAACUGAUCUAGCUAUUCCAGGAUCACUCAAAGCUAUGCAAUCAUUUCUGGGGACCGAUUCCUACGCGAUCUACGCGUCGGUUCUGUAUGAAUUGCGAGAAAUCGACUUUGCUGUGAUGACGAAAGAGCCGACUCAAGGGCGGAUCCAACAAAUACUGGAAGCCGAAGACGUAGAUCCAAGAUCACAGGAAGAUCGGGAUGUCGCCCACCGAAGAACCUUGGAUCCGGAGACGCCUGAUCCUAUGGAGAUCCACGUUGGAUCCAUGCCCACCGAUCUUUCAAUGUGCUCAAAACCAGGAUCGCUACCACCCCGAUCUUACGACAUUUUGACCCGAAGCGGGGGGGGCCUGGUGUACGCCAGCGAUUGGGCCAUCUCGGGAGCAUUGAUGCAAGAAUAUGAACAGAUCUACUACCCCGUGACGUUUGCAAGCCGUACUCUGAAGUCGAAUGAGCUGAACUACGGCAUCGCGGAGAAGGAGGUACUAGCCCUCUUGAGGAUCCUGGAUCUCAAUUACAAUGCGUUGGUCGGACGUCCGAUCCGUGUGUUAACCCGACACUCAACAUUGGCGUGGCUCUUUAGAUCCACGGCCUUACAAGGACGUUUGGGACAAUGGGCGGCUCUGCUGUCGCCUCGGACACUUGAGAUCACC